CGCCCUGCAGAACAAGUGGGUGUUCCUGGCCACCUUCGCGGCCGUGCUGGGCAACUUCAGCUUCGGCUACGCCCUGGUCUACACGUCCCCUGUCAUCCCGGCCCUGGAGCGCUCCCUGGAUCCAAACCUGAGUCUGACCAAAACCCAGGCCUCCUGGUUCGGGUCCGUGUUCACCUUGGGCGCCGCGGCCGGGGGCCUCAGUGCCAUGGUCCUCAACGACCUGCUGGGCCGGAAGCUGAGCAUCAUGUUCUCGGCGGUGCCCUCGGUGGCCGGCUACGCGCUCAUGGCGGGCGCCCGUGCCUUCUGGAUGCUGCUGCUGGGCAGGACCCUGACGGGCUUCGCGGGAGGGCUCACGGCUGCCUGCAUCCCGGUGUACCUGUCAGAGAUUGCUCCGCCCGGCGUCCGAGGGACUCUGGGGGCCACGCCCCAGCUCAUGGCCGUGUUCGGGUCGCUGUCUCUCUAUGCGCUUGGCCUCCUGCUGCCGUGGCGCUGGCUGGCCGUGGCCGGGGAGGGGCCCGUGGUCCUCAUGAUCCUGCUGCUCAGCUUCAUGCCCAACUCGCCGCGCUUCCUGCUGUCCCGGGGCCGCGAUGCCGAGGCCCUGCAGGCGCUGGCCUGGCUGCGCGGGGGCCAGGCCGACAUCCGCUGGGAGUUCCAGCAGAUCCAGGACAACGUGCAGAGACAGAGCAGCCGCAUGUCAUGGGCCGAGGCCCGGGACCCCCACAUGUACCGCCCGAUCACCAUCGCCGUGCUCAUGCGCUUCCUGCAGCAGCUGACGGGCAUCACGCCCGUGCUGGUCUACCUGCAGCCCAUCUUCACCCGCACCGCCGUCCUGCUGCCCCCGCAGGAUGACGCCGCCAUUGUGGGCGCCGUGAGGCUCUUUGCGGUGAUGAUCGCGGCCCUCACCAUGGACCGGGCCGGCCGCAAGGUCCUGCUCUUCGUCUCAGCCUCCAUCAUGUUUGCUGCCAACGUGACACUGGGGCUGUACAUCCACUUCGGCCCCAAGCCUGUGGCCCCCAACAACACCGUGGGCCUCGAGAGCGUGCCCUUGGGGGGCACAGAGCAGCCCCUGGCCACACCCACCAGCUUCCUCACCCUAGUGCCCCUGCUGGCCACCAUGCUCUUCAUCACGGGCUACGCCAUGGGCUGGGGGCCCAUCACGUGGCUCCUCAUGUCUGAGAUCCUGCCGCUGCGGGCCCGCGGCGUGGCCUCGGGGCUCUGCGUGCUGGUCAGCUGGCUGACCGCCUUCGCCCUCACCAAGUCCUUCCUGCUGGUGGUGAACGCCUUCGGCCUGCAGGUGCCUUUCUUCUUCUUCGCCGCCAUCUGCUUGCUGAACCUGGUGUUCACCGGCUGCUGCGUGCCCGAGACCAAGGGCCGCUCGCUGGAGCAGAUCGAGUCCUUCUUCCGGACCGGGAGGAGGUCCUUCCUGCAGUAGGUCAGCGCCCCGCCUGGGGCCGCACCCUGGCGGCCAGGCCUUCGUGUCGGCCACCAACCGGAACCCCGAGUCCAGGAGGGAGCAACCUGCCACCAGCCGGAGACAGCACGGCCGGCAGCACUGAUCCCCAGGGCGCGCCUCCUGGCACCCGACAGCCAGCAGCACCGGCCGCCCACACAUCGGCCAGGACCCACCGGCAGAGGAGGCAGCCAUGCGCCGCAGGGGAGCACGCGCCCAGGGGAGCACCGCCCAGGACUGGGGGCCUCAGGCCACACUGGGCAACCUCAGGCCGAGUUGCCUACCCACCCACGGAGGCCGCGAUGAGGACAGACGGCUGGAGGCAGAGGAGUGGCUCCGAGCACCUGGCUGCCACCCAGCACCUGGGCAUGGGGAGGAAGGCGGAAAGCUGCACCCGAGGGCUGGGCGACACCACGGGCAGCGCUCCGCACUCCCGCAAGCCAGGGCACUGGACCCAGCACAAACACUAACUCCGCACCGUCCCGACGCCUGGGAACCGAGGGCUCUGGAGUGCUCGUCUGCAAGCCGUGUGCCCACUUAUGAAAAUAAAGAAAUUGAGCUGUGACCCUGC